AUGUCUACAACUUUGGUAAAAACAAAAGAUGAAACUUACAAGAUGUCAAAAUCUCAACCACCAGAGACACUGCGUAAAGUUGUGUUCAAUAUUUCACAGAAUUUCAAAGUUCUCAAAAUCAUUGGAGAAGGAGCUUACGGAAUAGUUGCAAUGGCGGUUCAUUUACCUACAAACACAAAAGUAGCAAUAAAGAAGAUUGAACCAUUUGAGAGACCACUAUUUUGCUUGAGAACCCUCCGUGAGAUUAAAAUGUUGCAAAAGUUUAACUCGCAUGAGAAUGUGGUUAAGUUGUAUGAUGUUCAAAGACCUACCAACUAUAGCUCAUUUAGCGAAGUGUACUUGAUACAAGAGUACAUGCCCGGUGAUUUGCAUCAAAUAAUCCAAACUCAUGCAUUGAGUGAUCAACACGUACAAUUUUUCAUCUAUCAAAUCUUGAAAAGUUUGAAAUUAAUCCACAGUGCCAAUGUCAUCCACAGAGACUUGAAGCCUUCAAAUAUCUUGGUUAAUGAAAAUUGCGAUUUAAAGCUCUGUGAUUUCGGUUUAGCCAGACUUGAUUCCCUUGGAAUGCUGGCAAACAAGAUUUCGUUGUUGACAGAGUACGUAGCUACAAGGUGGUACCGCGCACCGGAGAUAAUGCUCAGUGCUUCACAUUACUCAACUGCCAUUGACAUGUGGUCAGUUGGGUGUAUAUUGUUUGAACUAUUGACUUAUAAGGCCGUUUUUCCUGGGUCGGACUAUAUCAAUCAAUUGACUUUGAUAUUCGAAUUGUUGGGCACACCAUCAGAGGGGGAUUUGGAAGUGAUCAAAUCCAAAAGAGCAAAAGUGUUUAUAAAGUCGUUACCCGUUAGGUCCAAGAUAAAUUUUCACACAUUUUGUUCGAAUCAUCCAUGCAGACGAAUCAGACAUCAAAAUCGCGAUUUGGAAGUCAAUCCGCUAGCCAUUGACCUAUUGGAAAAAUUAAUGGUCUUUGAUCCCAGUAAACGGAUAACAGCAAAAGAGGCUUUGAAACAUCCUUACAUGAGUAACUAUCAUGACCCAUUGGAUGAACCAGUUACGUCACCCAUCCCAUUGGAGGAAUUUGCGUUCGAUAUUGACAAAAAGGAUUUGAAUGUGGAGGACUUGAAGAAAUUGAUCUAUGACCAGAUCAUGUCAGGAAAGAGAUAA